GCCAAUCAGAAGUCGGGGCUCGCAGGCUCGCGCUGGCCCGAGACGCCUCAGGACCGCGGGCUGCGGGGGUCAGCGGUGUCGGCUCCGGACCGCGGGUCGCUGAGGUUUGUUUUCUCUAGACACAAUGUCGCGUGAAGAUGAUCUGCGGUCACAGGCUCUCACCAAGCCUGCUUUCAGUGAAACCCAAGCUUCUGCAUUAGUGGAAUCAGUAUUUGGGUUAAAAGUGUCCACGAUCCAGCCACUUCCUAGCUAUGAUGACCAAAACUUUCAUGUAUCCAUUUCAAGAACCAAAGACACUACAGAUGGCCCAACUGAAUAUGUCCUCAAAAUAAGCAACACCGAGUCAAGCAAAACUCCAGAGCUGAUUGAAGUUCAGAGUCACAUCAUCAUGUUUCUGCAAGCUGCUGGGUUCCCAACAGCCUCUGUGUGCCGCACUAAAGGAGACAGCAUAACCUCUCUCGUGUCCGUAGAUAAUGGCUCGGAAAUCACAAGCUACUUGGUGAGGCUGCUGACUUACCUCCCAGGAAGACCUAUAGCUGAGAUUCCCAUCAGCCCCCAGCUAUUGUAUGAAAUUGGAAUGCUAGCUGGCAAAUUGGAUAAGACACUGGAGAAAUUCCAUCACCCAAAGUUAAGUUGCCUUCAUCGAGAAAACUUCAUUUGGAAUCUGAAGAAUGUUCCUCUUCUGGAGAAGUAUCUGUGUGCCUUGGGCCAGGGCCGAAACCGAGAGACUGUCGCACAGGUCAUCCAGCUGUUCAAGGAUGAAGUCCUGACCAAACUAAGUCAUUUUCGAGAAUGUGUUAAUCAUGGAGACCUGAAUGACCAUAACAUUUUAGUGGAGGCCAGCAAGUCAGCCUCCGGAGGUGCCGUGUAUCAAGUGUCCGGGAUUUUAGAUUUUGGUGACAUGAGUUACGGCUACUAUGUGUUCGAGGUGGCCAUCACCAUCAUGUACAUGAUGAUUGAGAGCAAGAGUCCCCUACACGUGGGAGGCCACGUCCUUGCCGGGUUUGAGAGCGUCAUCCCGCUGACACCUGUGGAGAGGGGCGCCCUGUUCCUCCUUGUGUGCGGCCGCUUUUGUCAGUCGCUCGUCAUCGCUGCACACUCUUGCCAGCUACACCCGGAGAACAAGGAAUACCUCAUGAUCACUGCCAAAACCGGGUGGAGGCACUUGCAGCAGAUGUUCGACAUGGGCCAGAAAGCUGUAGAAGAAAUCUGGUUUCAAACUGCCAGGUCCUACGACUCUGGGAUCUCCAUGUGACUAGGCGAAAUUUCACAUUAACUUGGAUGGUUAAAAACCCGGAGGACCAAAUCUAUUUCUACGAAGGAGUCCCCUGCACAGUGAAAAACGAAUUGAUGGACCUGAUCAGCACACAUGAAACUUCCAAGCACUCUCAUGACCACUUUUUAAAUCUAAGAAAGCUCCCCCUGAGCAAGCAUGUCUUUCUGUGGGUCUCACUUGCCUCGUGUAUAAAACACGCAGAGUGAUGUUUUGAAUCAGAAAAUUUCUCAAGGAGUAUGUAUUCCAGCCCCAAGAUCAAUUACUGUUUUAGGCUUUGAAAGGAACACAUAUGUAUAGACGUAUUCACAUAUAUUAAAUUACUGAGUGUAACACAGACCUAACUAACAUAUCACCCAUUCUGCGAAGCCUGCUCCCAUCACUCCGUUUCUCUAGAACCCACUGUACUCCGUCUUUCUCACGGCACGUCAUGGUAUCACGGAUGUUGGCUAUGUGGUCAUGUGGCCUAACGGCUGUUUGAGGACAAAGACUACGUAAAAUUAUUUUUUUUGUCUCUCUUCCCUUUUUUUCCUUUUGCACCUGAUACAGUACUUUCCCCAUGGUUUCAAAAAAUAUUUACAAAUUAAUGUGUGCUAAAAGAAAGGUUGGAGAAGAUAAGGCAGAACUAAGAUGCCUUAGGAGGAAACACAAAUGAUGUUCUGAAGAAAAAGUCUGCAUUUGAGAGGACGAUCGAAAUGAACUCUCGAGAUGGAUGCCGGACGAUACUGGAUCUGCGAGGAGGCAAGUAGAGACACCCAGGCAAGGCCACUAUUCCUGAGGCACCUA